UAGGGAGAUACCUGGGUGGAGGAUCGGGAGGGUCGUGGGAACGCGCCGUGGCUUGCAUAGCCCAGGAGAGCAGCCAGGAUUGGCUCCGAAAGUGCGGGAGAGAAUCACCAGGGGGGACUUGCUGGGAAUGGAGGGGAUUGGGAAGAGGGCGGAUGUACCCCCGAGUUGAUAUUUCUAAAAUAUAUUUUCAAAAUACGCGCAGGAACCCCAGAUUUCAGUGCCCCGUGGGACAGAGAAGGAGGCUUGUCAUCACGGAUCAGGUCUGGGCUAGGUGGUUUUAUCAAGAGUGCCUGCCAUCCUCUGCAUCUCGUUCAGAAGCAGGACUUUGAAAGGAAGAGAUCUGGGUUCCUGAUCCCUUUGCUUUUUGGAUUUUUCCCAUGCACGAUUUGCAAACCUCCCAACUUCUACUUAAGGAAAUUCCCAUCUAGAUUGAUAGGAACCGGAGUGGAAGUAACCAGGGCUUACUAAGGGAACUCAAAUAACUAAAGACUAGCUUGCUGAAGGUUGUGUCAGCUCCAAUCAACAUAGUCUCUUUGACUAGGCUCAUAACUGGGGAGCACCAGUUUAUAGAAAGUUGAACAAAAGCAGGGUUUUUUUAUGUAUAUCCAUGUAUCUAUUUGUCGUCUCUCAUAUUCAUACAUACACACCAGAGACAGAGAGCAAAAUAUUUUGAUAUAACAGGCCUAAUUUUUUUUAAAUAUAUGAAUGGAAAAUUUGAGUCCCCAACUCAAACUUUAAAAAUGUAGAAUGACUUGUGGUUUGACUAUAUUAUAUCAAGCCUCAAAUGUAGGCAUUUAAUUAGUUGUAGUGUUUUGAGGCAGGUGCUUUUUCAGAGUUUAUUAUCUUGUUAAUUAUCUAUAUUAAUUCUUUUAAAAUCCGGAUGCCUACAGGCAAGGCUGGGUGAAGAUAAUGAUAUCAUCAUGUGGUGGUGUUUUCUAAUAACUGAAUGUAAACAUAUUUACAUGAAGAUAAAAUUGCAGUGAUUGCAGUGGCAGAUCCUAAACACAUUGACUUGGAAGAAUAAUAUAAUAACUUACUUGAUAAAUGUUGUACCUUGAUGAACAUAUCUUUUCUUUUAUGUACACUGAGAGCAUAUGCACCAAGACAAAUUCCUUGUGUGUCCAAUCACACUUGGCCAAUAAAAAAUUCUAUUCUAUUCUAUUCUAUUCUAUUUAAAAAUAACUUGAAUUAUAUACAGUAUCAAGGAUAAAUACUAGGUGAAUACAAUUCUCUUAUAAAGUCAAAUUGCAUUACUGUAUUUCUCUUUUCAGGAAAGAGCUUCAGGCUCAUAGUUACUAUGUUGAAUUGUAGAUUUUUAAUGUGUGUGUAAUUCUUUUUGGAUUCAAGUAAUGAAUAGACUAUAGAAGCUAACUCCAUGGAGCCCAGAAUGAUUCUUCUAUUAAAUUUGAUGCAUAUACUUUAAAACAAAUUUCUUUGAAAGCAGCAUAUUAAACAUAUAAAGUGGUAUGUUUAUAUAGUCAGGCCUACCAAACAAGGAACCCCAGAUUAAUUGGUAAAAUUUGCUGUAUUUGUAGAAUGUUAAUGUUUGGCUUCCUUUUUGACAGCAAGGGCAUAAAGAAGAGAAUGGCUGGUGACUAUGAUUUCUUAAAAAGUCUGCAGAAUAACUUGCAAGAACUGAACCACCUCCGGGCAAAAUACUUAACAUCAACAAAAAGUCCAUCAUCUGUUGGGAUUAAGUCGUUUUUUCGUGAUCAACAACAACUACCAGGGGAGAAUAUGAAUAUCCAGUCAUUUACUCCUAGGAAGAGUAUUCGUCAUCGUAAUCCAUAUUGGCCUGAUGAAGAAAUACGGACCUUCAUUGAGAUCUGGGGUGAUGAUCAAGUCCAAGCCUCACUGGCCACCAACUUUCGCAAUGAGGCACAGUAUGAAUGGAUCUCUGAUAGGAUGCGAGAAUAUGGCUAUGACCGGGAUAUGAAGCAGUGUCGCUUGCGUGCCAAGGAGCUUCGGCGAGGAUACAAGGCAAUUGUUUGUGGAAACAACUCUUCUGUGAGUGGUCAACGUGCCUUGCCAUUUUAUGAUUCCUUGAACAGUUUCCUGUGCAUGCACAAGGGUCUUGUGGUGUCCAAAGUUUCUCUAUCUAUAGAUAGGAGGACUCACGAAGUCCAAAAAUUGGGCUUGGAGCAAGAAAAAAAUGAAAAGCUAAGUGUUGUCUUGGUUUCUGAUGAUGAUGAAGCAUCCAUCCCAGAACCUACAAAUGACUCCAAUGGCUAUUUUCAAGAUGCACGGAUGGAUUCCGAACCUGUCCAUGCCCAGUCUCCAGGUGAUGAAUGGGAACCGCAUGGAGAAGAUGGCCUUCUUGCGGGAGAUGUGGCUUCACCUAGUUUCCCUAAUACAAGAGGAGAUGGUCAUUCCGUCAGUUCAGGCCCAUCCGGCACUUUUUCCAGGGCAUCCCUGGUUGACGCUGACAGAAUAAACAACAACCACUGGAAUAGGAAACACAGGAGACAAACUGAAACUACUUCAGACAUAGUAGACGCCAUUUCCCAAGUGGGUGACAGACUGGUAAAUGCUCUGUCUGAUUUGCAGUCAAAACACAGUGAAACCUCUGAACUUGCACAGAGUAGAACGUGUGAGUCCCAUAAAGAGGAAUUUACCAUACUUGCCAAUUAUGUAAAUCAGGCUGCUCAAAACGUGGACAAACUGAUUGCUCUCAUGGAGACGUCUACCAGGAGGAUAGCAGAUGCCAUGGACAGACAGACAGUUGCCUUAGAGAAUCUGGCACAAUUGUUUGCUGCAAGAGCACCAGCAAUUUCAGUGCCCUUGGUUUCCCAGGAGCAGUCUAUGAUGGUGUCUUCCCCCAGAAUUUGUGUAUCGGUUCCGUCAGAAUUAUACAAUACUGUGAACAAUUUAACAGGAAAUCGCACUUCUAACCAAAAAGCACAAGAUUUGCCUGCUGAAGACUGUCAACCAGUGGCAAAGAGAAUAAAAACAGAAGACGACUUAAUAUAAUUUGUUCAGAAAUCCUCAGAUGUUCUGUUCUCUCAUAAAAUGAACAUUCGUCCUUAUUCGCUCAUUUUUUUCAAAGGCAGUUGUGGGGGGAGGGAAUCAGGAAAGUGGGUGGUAUAAGAAAUAUUGUGCCCUGUUUAUUUUUUUUAAUAAAAAGAUUUUUAGCUAGAGCAAUAUAUUUGUAGGUGGAUUUAUAUAUAAUUUGGAAGGAUGAAUGUUGCCCGUUGUAAUGAAAUUGUACGGUUCGUUGGCAUUCCAUUCUGUGGUUUGAAUUCUGUUCUGCUUAGGUAUGCCACAGGCUGUUGUCCUGUGCACACUUACUUGGACAUAAGAUAUUAGGUUUUAUUUCAGAUUGUGAUUGUGGUCAGGAUGUUGGCUUUGGACCUGAAGAACAUAUUGAGAAUUUAAGCACAGCCAUGAACAUAUGAUGGCUUUUAGUAGAUUCUACAGAG